AUGGAUGUACCUCCUGUUUUGCUUUCUCCUCAGUCCCAGACCUGCUCCCACCUGGCAGAAACCUGCAUGGAAGGCGAGAGAAGCCCACCCACAGUAGAGCUGGGCAGAGACUCCUCUUUUCUCAGUGGUCAGCUGCCCAGCUCCAGCCUAACUGACUCAGAUUGGUUUUGGAAUGAGCACAUCCAGGCAAAGAGGGCCAGAGUAGAGACUAUUGUCCGCGGCAUGUGUCUCUCUCCUAGUCCCUUGGUGUCGGGCAGUGCGCCAGCCAGGGAGCGCUCAUGCUAUCCAGAAAAAGUCCGGGGGCGGAAAAGAAAGCAGAGCCUUCCGAUGCAUCAGGGUCCUCUGAAAUCAGGUCCUGUCUGGGAUCAAGCAUCCAAGAAGGGGGGGACCCGGGUAAAAGAGCAGCUCCAUCUACUGAAACAACAGCUAAGACAUCUCCAGGAGCAUGUCCUACAGGUCGCUGAGCCCAGAGCACCUGCGCAGGGCCCAGGAGGAACUGAGCAAAGAAGCCCCACGAGGGCAAAGCCGAGGAACAGCUCCCUGUCUAGCUCCCGGAGCAUGGAGAGCAAACCCCAGCCGAGUUCUAACAAGGACAUCUGUGGAGCAGUAAAGCCCAGAAUGGUUGAGAUACAACAGCAGGCAGAGGAGGCCAUGCUCCGUCCUUCCGGACCACGGGCUUUAGUGGAGACGCUGAGGAAGGAACUAAGCAGGGCCAUGUCCCAGGCUGUGGACUCGGUAUUACAACAGGUGCUACUGGAUCCACCAGGCCACCUCUCCCAGCAGGAACCCAGCUGCCUGGGGCUAGCAUCAGAGGGCAGAAGCCAACCUUCACCUCCAGGGAGGAGUGCCUAUCAGCCCCCACUUGCUAUUGCCACCCUGCCUAGGAGGGUCCAGCCACAAGCUGGGGUGUCCCUGGGUAAUUCAUCACUGGCUACGCCUCUAGAUUCUCCUAUGUGUCCUGCCUCUCCGAGAGCAGUUCCCAAACCGUAUCAGAGUCCCCUGUCAAACUGUCCCUUGACAGCUCUGCCUUCCCACAUCUGGGAAAACCAGAUUCUUAGCCAGCUUCUGGGUCGUGGGCCCGACGGCCAUUGGAGUGGCAGCCCUCCCCGGGACUCGUCGCCGGCCCAAAGCUGUGCCUCCCCGGAGUCUGCCCAGCAGCCUUGGGGUUUGAGCCAGCAGCAGCUCCCCCUGCCGUUCACCCCUGUCCACCUGGAAAACCGGUCUCUCCUACCCUCUGUGAAGAUGGAGCCUGGUGGGCUGCGGGGCAUGGCUGACAGGAUUCCUUUCUCGUCCAUCCAUAUCCAAGAAGGCCUGAGCCCUGGUCACUUGAAGAAGGCCAAACUCAUGUUUUUCUUCACACGGUACCCCAGUUCCAGCCUCCUGAAAGCGUAUUUCCCUGAUGUCCAGUUCAACCGCUGCAUCACCUCCCAGAUGAUCAAGUGGUUCAGCAACUUCCGUGAGUUUUAUUACAUCCAAAUGGAAAAGUACGCCCGGCAAGCAAUCUCAGACGGUGUCACAAACCCCAAAAUGCUGGUGGUUCUCCGUGAUUCAGAGAUUUUUCGAGUUCUCAAUACACACUAUAACAAGGGAAAUGACUUUGAGGUCCCAGACUGCUUCUUGGAAAUUGCCACCUUGACAUUACAGGAGUUCUUCAGGGCUGUCUCCACAGGGAAAGAUUCAGAUCCUUCCUGGAAGAAACCCAUUUACAAAAUUAUUUCAAAACUGGACAGUGACAUCCCAGAGAUACUCAAGUCUUCCAACUAUGCCCAGGAACUGUUUCGAAGUUAAGAUUUAAAAAAUGAGGUCAAAUACAAUGUCUUGUAAGGAAGGUGGAGGCAGGAGGAUGGGGAAUUGGACAGCCUUGGUUACACAGACAGAUGAUCAAACAAAAUGAGAAGACUGGCCCAGGAUGGCCCAAGGGUUGUCAUAAAUGCCAAGCUGUAGUCAUGUAAGAGAGCACAAGAGGACCCCUCCCGUGGGUAUAAUUGCCAUUUUGAAUACUUGUUUCCUUGUCCAGAAUCAUCCAAGACUUAACCUUAACCACAGUGUAUCUAUCCACUGAGACUAUCAGUGUAUUGGUCAGUGCCACUGUCAUCAAGUGCUGGGACACGGGUCAUCCUGGUAUUUCUGCAGCUCUACAAAGAGAUUCAGAGCCAGGCGGCGGUGACACACACCUUUAAUCUCAAUACUCGGGAGGCAGAGGCAGGUGGAUCUCUGAGUUUGGGGAGAGCCUGGUCUACAGAGGGAGUUCCAGGAUAGCCAGGGUUACUCAGAAAAGCCCUAUUCAAAAAAAAAAAAAAAAAAAAAAAAAGAUCCUUAUGCCAGGAAACUGUAUGGAGGAAUCAAUGCUAUGUAAACUGGACUUGCGCUGGGCAAUUCAUGUUGUCUCUCAGGAUCUCAAACAGGAAGAAGCCAUCCCAACAGGGCACGUGCAGAGUGGCAUUUUCAUCUGACAACUUUGGCACUCAGGAGUGCUUGCUUCAUCAUCCAAGACUUUCCCUGAUGAUAUCAGCAAACCCAGCACAGGCUUCCUAAGGGACUGUGGCAUUGCUGCUUUUUGUAUCUGUCUGCUGGGAAAGUAGGUCCUCAGAAAAUCCUAACAGUCCUACCUGACCUAUGCAACAAGAUCCCAGGCUGCCUAUGCAGAGAAAAAAGCCGGAACUUCAUGAUGAGAAAGUCAGGAGAUCAUCUGGUACACCUGUUUAACUCAUGGAGGAAACUGAGGCUAACACAGGCUGCACAGGGCCUCACAGGGCAUAAAUGGCAUGGUUUGGACAAAUGCAGAAGUGGAGAUUUUCCUACUCCAAAAUGGUUACAGUCCAUGACAGAACUCGCACACAUGAACAAAUGACAUCCAUUUUUUCCCUCAGGCACCUGUAAAGCUGAACAACUGUGUCAUCUAGUCAGAAUCAAGCUCAUACGCACUGCUGGAGGUGGGCAUGCUUCAGCUUUCAUAGUGCUGAAUAAGGGGCAGCUGUGCCCACAGGGGCUCCCUUCCCUGCCAUCAACACAGAACACACUCCUCAUGUAGCUGCUCUGCCUUCAGGACUUUACAGGUGUUGUGCUGGCUAUCGCUAGACAUGUUAGAACGCACCAGCAUCAACAAUGGCUUUCCCCUGAAUUUCCUGUUCAAAUAGUGGAGAGAAGAAACAAAACACACUUAACCAAAAUUAAUCCUUAUAGAUUACUGGUGUUUUGGGUGUUUUACUGGGUAUUGAACCUAAGGCCCCCUUCCCUCUUGCUAAGCAUAUGGUCUAUCAUUAAACUCCACUCUUUUGAGACAGGGUCUAUGUAGUCCUAACUGUCCUUGACCUCCCAGAGAUCUGCCUGCCUCUGCCUCCAAUGUGCUGGGAUUGACGGUGUGUACCUCCACAGGAGGCAAGUCUCAUUUUAAACGCCCUUCAACACACCUAACUAUACACAAUCACUGCUCUAGUUUAUUGCUGCUUUCGCAAGGCUCCCUUUGAUCAAAAUCAAGGAAUUUUCCAAAGCUGUUUUGAACAUCAGCAAGCACUGAGUAGUCUGUGCAAGGGCACCAGUUGUUUGGAAACAGAAUAACUCUAUCUAGAAUGACUCUCUCUAGAAUGAUAUUACAUCUAUUCAAACAUUAAUGGGAAAUAAUCCAAGUCUAUAUAUUUGUCCCUUGUCUCAAACCUGAACUCCAUUAGUCUGUUUUUAAAACUUGAGUCAAGCUAUCUCCAGGGCAGUGAACUUUAUCCUGAAUACUAAUUAGAUGAAAACACGUCAGCUCAAAUUGAAAACGUUUGUGUACUGCAGUCAUGCCAGAAAGCACUCUAACCACUGAGUUCGACACAGAAGAAUGUAUAAACACGUGUGCUCUGCCAGCCGAGAAACUCUUACUCCAGUUUUCUGUUCCUAUCAAGUAUGUUUAUGUCAGUGUUGGGAACUGAGGGUGAGUGUGAGCUGAGCCAGCUAUUAUGUUCUUUCAUGAGUCAGAACACUGCCAAAGGUGUGGUCAUCUUUUCCACUAAGGUGUAUGUGGUUGCUUAUCUCUCCCCAAGCAGACAUACUCAGGAUCUGGUCAAGUACUGCACAAUGACAGAACCCUUCGAUGGCAGACAACAGGCAUGGGCUGUGGGAUGUGCUCAAUCAUCUAUCAAAAGCAGGUAGUUCAGUGACGUUCCACAGGGUAACGGUUACAUUAGGAACUUAGUUUAUGCUGAGCCAAGUCUAUGUAGCCUUGGUUGGCCUAGAAUAAGUCAUAUAGAACAAGCUGGCUUUAA